GCCAGUCUCUUCACUCCCCCGCCAUGUUCUCUUAGCAGCGGAUCUGAUCGCUUAGCCAGCGCAACCUCAUAAAGCGCAAGUGGCUGUUUAGCAGUCAUUUCCCUGCACUCCUUUUUUUUCCUUAUCCACCAACUGAACUGUUUUUCUCCAUAUUUGCGCUUCGGCGCGCAUCCUAAUCUUUCUCCAUGGUAACUACCAUAGCGCCUUCGCCCUUUCUAGCCCGGGUGGCGGCCGGUCGCGAGGACUCCCGACGGUUUCCCACUACCCUAUUUCAGCGCCUCAUGAGGGCAGACUGCAACGGUGAAAGCCACCCGGCCGGCUGCUGCCCAGUGGGACCAGGCGGCAGCGCUCGGGCGGCGCUGAAAAGAGUGAGGCGACGAAGAGGGAAAAUACGGUCUACCCCCUCGGGCCUUCUGCAGAGCCGCUACCAGCAAUAUCAACAACACCGCGCCGGCUUGAAGCAAAGAAACACCGCGCACGGGACGCGCAAUCUCUACGAAGUCCCCCUUGCCUCUGCAGAGGCCAGGCUGGAAACCGUACCGACUGAGGAAGCUCGGGCAGCUUCCCCGAGAACAGCCCCCGUCACUAUCAGCAAACCCCUCAGGAAAGAGUUGCUGAAAAACAGAAUGGGGAAGUCUGAAAAGGUUUCUAUUCCUUACAGUCAGCCUGUGCACAGUACACAUCUUUGUGACCAGUCCAAGACUAACAGACAGAGGAACAAGUGUAAUAUACCACUGAACAAAGUUCCAUCCACCAAAAAAAGUGAAAACAACUUCUGGCAAGAAUCUGUGUCACAUGACACUAUUAAAAAGCAGGAGAAGCCUCUGAAAGACACAGGAAAUGUGAAAUCAAAGAAACCCAUCUUUAUGACUGAUUCUAGCCAAAAAGAAAACUAUGCUGGGGCAAAAUUUAGUGACCCUCCUUCACCCAGUGUCCUUCCAAAGCCUCCCAGUCAUUGGGUAGGAAGCACUGUUGAAUACUCUGACCAAAACAAGGAAAUGAUGGCAGUCCAUCUAAAAACUCUCUUAAAAGUUCAAGCCUAGUUUAUUGAUACUUACCAUGAACAUUCUAAAUAUUUGAAACCUGCCUUGUUGCAAAAUGAUGUGCAGAAAAUCAUCAACUCUUAAAAAUCACAAACUUGUGCUAUAUUUUUUAUGAUUGUGUAAAUAGUGUAUAUGUAAUGUGUAUAUUCAUAUUUUCAGGCACAUUUUAGUUUUGUUAUGAGAAGAUGUAUUUUACAUUGCCUCCGGGCAGACUGUUUUUGUAUAUAACAGUGGAAACCGAAUAUGUGUGUAACACGUGGAAAGAUCUGGCAGUGUUUACACAAGGUUCCGAAAUAUUGAAAGGAAAGCUUUCAUCUCAAGGUUCAAACAAAAAUGUAAAAACAUACUAAUGCACUACUGAAAAUGUUUACAAUUGGCACAAUACUUUAUUGAGUAAGAAGCAUUCUCCAAAAAAAUUUUUGUUUGAAAUAGUUCAUAAACUAUUGAGUUAAAUUGAGUUCUUUCUUGGCAAAGAUCAAUUUGGAAUUUGAUUUAUGCAUCACCCCUUACCAAUUUAGCAAUGCUAAUUCUCUAAAAAAGAGCUACCAGAGACAAUUGGAAACAAAAAAUUUAAAUAAAUAAUUUGGCCUCCCCUAAAA